AUGUCUGCUGAGAAUCUGGCAGACAAAUGUGAAAUUUUCUAUCGAAAACGACAUGGCUGUGUCAGAAUGACCACUGGCAAUCAUGGGAUAGAAUCAAGAAGACUCCACAACGAAUAGGAAGUCAAUAUUUCCCGAUGCCGAGUGAAACACUUUUUUUAUUCUCAAGAGCUCGAGCCAUAAGAUAAAAUAUGGCUGUAAACACACACAUUCACUCAAAGUUUGGAGAGCACUUCCACUCCAGUUGGGUUUUAGAAGACUGUGAAAUGAUUGCAAGGCCCAGUGGUAUGGAUGGAUGUUACCAGCGACUUCUCACCAAUAAGGAGGUCACAGAGUUGCCUUUGCAGGCUAUCAACUUACGAGGUCCAACACUCCCGGAUUUUGACAAUGAUGUAGUUACAACAGAUGAACAAGAACAUUUGAUUAAUGCUCUAUUGGGGUCCCAACUCAAUUUAGCUAAAACUGUAUGCAGUUUAUCAAAAUUUUCGAAAUCUCUUUACAAAAGAUUGGUGGUUCUACAGAGAAUAUAUACAGCAGUGUCUGUUAAACAUCAUAACAAAUUCAGUCUCACUUCUGGUGCACAGAUCGACAAAUCUGAGCUUAUAGCAGGCAGACCAUCAGGAAAAAUGUUUGAGAAUUUAGGAGGGAGUGUUGCAUGUUCGUCAGAAUCACAGAGAAACACAGCUUUAUUAGAACUUGGUGUUAAAACAGGGUUAAGUUUGUUGUUUUCAUUAUUGAAACAAAAUUGGAUGUUAGCUGGGAAGUUGCAGCAAUUUUGUAUAUGUAAUGAUAUUUUACAAACUGCCAUUUCUGUUGUAUCGUCUUUUCCGCCCCUGUCUCUUGCCAAUGAAACUAAGCUUACUCAUUUAGGUAUAGAAUCUUUGAAUGAAGUCAACAAAUUUUUACGACAAGCUGCGAGUCCACAGUCAGGAGCAGAUUUAGAGGGUCAGCGUCUUGCUUCAGAACUUAUGAUAUCUCUUGCUGCUCAACGUGGCUCACUUUGCUAUGUCCUGGAGUGGGUGGAUAUGGCACUGCACACAUCGGUAACAGUUCUCUGUGAUCAGAAAGGACAAGAAAAAACAGAAGCAGGGAAAAUCAACUGGACAUUCUUCACCGGCAUUGUAACACAGAUGAUCAAAUCAGUGGGAGGACCACCCACUCUGACAUCAAUGUUUGCAAGAAACCCACCAGUAGACGAAAAUGGACUAGUCCCUCUUUACUUAGCCGCAGUUGUACUGUUAGAGGAGCUGUACAGUUUGGCUGCAGACUAUGAGACAAACUGUUGCCUGGGACCCGAUGAGAACUCCAACAACUCCAUGACUUCUAACAGUAACACAGGAACUGGAGGCGGCUGUGAGGUGUACAUCUGGGGCAGCAACAGUAGCCACCAGCUGGCAGAGGACAGACAGGAAAAAAUACUAGCACCUAAACAAGCUUCAUCUUUUACUGACUGUCAGCAGAUUGAGGCAGGUCAGUUCUGCUCGUUUGGGAUACACAGUGAUGGAUCAGUCAGUGCUUGUGGCAAGGGUAGUUAUGGAAGACUAGGUCUAGGAGACUCCAACAACCAAACCACACCCAAAAAACUGAAUUUUGAACCAAACAGGAAAAUAAAGAAAAUCUCAUCAUCAAAGGGAUCUGAUGGGCAUACCCUGGCUCUGUCGACAGAUGGAGAAAUAUUCAGCUGGGGAGAUGGGGACUAUGGCAAACUGGGUCAUGGCUCUAGCUGUACUGUGAAAUACCCUAAGAUUGUCCUUGGACCACUGGCAGGGAAGAUCGUGAAGUGUGUAGCAGCUGGUUACAGGCACAGUGCAGCAGUGACCGAAGAUGGAGAACUGUACACCUGGGGUGAGGGUGACUACGGGCGACUAGGUCAUGGUUGCAGCAACAGUAAAAGUUUCCCAACACGCGUGACUGAGAUUGCCAGUGUGGGGCAGGUCAGUUGUGGGGGCUCGCAUACGAUGGCAGUCUCUCAAGAUGGCAAACUUGUCUGGUCGUUCGGGGGUGGAGACAAUGGAAAACUUGGUCAUGGAGACACUAACAAGCAAUACAAGCCAAAACUGAUUGAGGCGUUUGCUGGUCUUUAUAUACGAAAGGUGGCCUGUGGGAGUCAGGCCUCUAUGGUCCUCACAUCUACAGGGCAGCUUUAUGCCUGGGGUUGUGGCUCUUGUCUUGGUUGUGGUUCCGAAGACUUUACUGCCCUUCGACCACGCCUGGUGGAGGACCUCCAGUCAAAGAGGAUCGUAGACAUCUCAUUCGGGGACAGUCACUGUCUGGCACUGUCACAUGAUAGUGAGGUGUAUGCAUGGGGUAACAAUGCCAUGGGCCAAUGUGGACAAGGCCACGCCCAAAGUCCUAUCACACGUCCCAAGAAAGUUCUAGGCCUAGAGGGUGUCAGUGUUCACCAGAUAUCCGCAGGGACCUCCCACAGUGUGGCUUGGACAUCCCUCCCCACCGACAGACAUGUAGUAGCUUGGCAUCGACCAUUCUGUGUGGACCUCCAGGAAGCCACUUUCGCCACACUGAGAUCAUUCCUAGAGCAUUACUGUGAUGGAUUUGAUCAGGACAAGCCCCCCAAGCCCUUCACAACAAAACAUGACCAUCACCAUUUUGUCCAGCUUUGUUUGAAGAUGCUUGGUACUCACUUAUCCCUGGCAGUAGCCGGGGGGAUGACCAAUGUUUUCCUGGGACAGCAAGCUGCACCAAUCAGAAAUCUCCUAUUUAGACUCAUUGACACUAACAUGCCAGCCACAAUACAUGGGAUUGUGACAGAGACACUUUCUGUAGGAGCUCCAUUGCUGCUGCCACCCCUGAGGGAGAGAAUGGAACUUCUCCAUUCACUUUUACCUCAAGGACAAGAUAGAUGGGAAAGUCUAUCACAAGGGCAGCAAAUGCAGCUGAGCAUCAUCCUAACUAGCCUACAGGAUAAUGGACACAUCGCCUCACUGCUCGGCUUCACCUCCGAUACAGGGAUGGUGGCGAGUCCACGGGAAUCUGGCAUGUCAGACCUACAGCUAGCCGCAAUUCUUAUGAAGACAAUCCUGAGGAACCUUGCUCAUGAAACGGAACAGUCUUUGAAUGAGUAUGAGAAGAAUUUGGAUAAACCAGUAGAGGGAAAUAUUGGUCAGCAUCUGGCACCACCCCACCUUCAUAGUCUGUUGUCUUCACUACAUAAACAUCUAUUGGCCUUUUGUUACAGCAAGGCCAACAACGACCAAGUGAUUGCACCAGCUAUUUCCUUGCUGCACCAGCACAUGUUCCUCAUGUUACCCGUGGCAGAGAACAUUCUGGAAAAGGCUUGUAGUGUUUUGACCAAUAACACCGACUCACCGCAACUGAUCAAUUCUGUUGCAGAUGUCCUGUACCAGUCACCAGCAGGAGCCAUGUUGUACCACAUGCUGCACUCUCUACUCUUACUGCCAAUAGACCGAGUCCAUCCUCUUCUCCACGACCUCAUGUCUGUGCUGCCAAUUCUGGAUCAUCUAUGUAAGAUGUUGCCUGUGGUCAGUGUACUGGAAACCAUGGAACUAGAAGGAACCACUGAAGAUCCUUCUAACCACAAAAAAGGGGACUUGGACAAGUGGGUGUGGCUUGUGGACAUGGAGAGGACAUGUGCCACUCUGAUUGGACAAUGCCUUGGUGGGAUGCUUGUUGGUGUGCCUCUGUCCACACAGGAGAAAAGUUGCUCCUACUGGCUAGAGAAAACUUUGUUUGGGAAUGGCCCUGAGAUUUCAUCCAUCAAGCUUGAGAAAUUUAUCAGCAGUAUACUUGAGUGUUCCCAAGGUCGACGAAUGGAGGUGAAUGCCAUUGAACAGCUAGAUCUGGAUGCUGACACUAUCUCUCUGAUAGAACUGUGCUGUGGUUUUAAAUCUGAAGCUAACAAUGCUUUGUGGGAGACCAUGGUAGACCAUGCUAAAAGUCAAGAUUGGCACACAAGUGAACUGUCUGAUGAAGUGGAGUUGGAUUCAGUGUCCCGAUGUCUGUUGGCAGCCUUACUGAAACACUGUAACCUCACCAAGCUAGCUCUCCACAAACGAAGUAUCACAGGAAGUCUAGAGGAUAUCUUCCAGCAUGUGUUUAAGGUGAGAAGCCAGCUUCAUGAAUUAAAACAGAUGAAGAGUUUAUAUAGUAGUAAGGUACUGGAGUCUCCAGUGUCUGAUAAAACUCCCAAACAUGAAACCUCAGACUUGUCACCAAGGGAAGUGCCAGAAAGGUCAGACGGUGUUACAGAGUGGACGGAAACCAUGGAAGAGGAGGAGGAAAGAGAGGAUGAGGGUUCUGAGCCUCUCUCAGAUGAUGAAGGGACAAUAAAAGAUUUGCCCCAGACAAUACGUGAACAGUCUUUUGAAGAUGCCUGCCUUGACUACCAACAGAGAUGUCUGUUUCUCUUGCUAGGUGUCCGGGCUGCUGUAGCAGGUACACCCACCCUGUCCUACAGCAGUACAUUUUCUGAAGAAGAAGAUUCAUAUCCAAGACCAAACUGUUCUGAGAGUAGUAUUACUAGUACGCCAGUCAAACGCAGAAGAGGAAGUGUUCCUGAUUUGAUAGCUUCAUCAGCCAACCAGGGAACUUUGACGGAGGAGGAGAGCCCACGACAGAGAGAGGGUACGUCAACACCUGUUUACAGUCCUGAUGCAAGCUACAACAUGGGCUCCUUACAAAGAGUGAAAGAAAUUCUUCGUCGGUUACGUUGGCAAGAGGAGAGAGCCACUGGUUCUGACAUAACCAGUAGCUCAGUAAAAGAUCCAGAGAAAACCUUCACAGAACAGGUGGCAUCCGAUGUCUGUAAAUUUGUGACGGGUGAGAUUGUAGAAUCUCCUCCAGGGACAGAAACAGAAGGGGUGGAGUCCAACAGGAACAAUGACCCCAGGGAAAUAGCUGUGGCAUUGGAGCAUCAACAGUCUAGAGCAGAGUCUCGUCUGUAUGCACUGAAUCAAAUCAGGGAGUUGCUAUCUACAAGAGGGGACAAACAGGAUCUUGGCAAGGAUGUUUCUGAUCUAACACCAACAACCUUACUGUGCUCUGCUCAUAUUCAACUCCUCACUGGUUCAUUUAGCUUCUGUGGACCGGUAGAGAGCUCUGGUCAAGGGGCGCAACUCUACCACUAUCAGGAUGAAAUAAAGGCUGCCAAAGCCAAAACACAGGAGGAGAUCCAGCUUGCCGUACAUCAGAUAUAUGAGCUGCUGGUUAAAGCCCUAAUUCAAACCGACAAAAUGGAUAAUGUUGGAGAAGGAGUUCGUUUGAAGCUACUACUGUGGACAAUCUACUCACUGAGUAUGAAGUACAGGCCAGCAGACAUCUCCCUGGCUGUAUCCUGUGGACUCCUCCCUCGUCUCCUCAGUCUCACUCACAGUGACACCUCCACAUCCUAUGUCAUCCCCUUGUCUGGCCAGGACCUACAGCACAGCCAGCUUAAAGUUGUUGUAAAGAUGUCUAGUUCUCACCUCCUCAGACUCAUCACACUCACGUCAGGAUUGUAUGCUAGUAAACUGGGAUCUGGUGUUGUACAAGGCAUCGUAGACCUCUUGUGGAUCCAGUUGACAAGUAUGCUGACCUACAAUGAUGUGCCCCCUCCUCAGGACACAACACUAGGGACAGAAAAUGGAACUACAUACAAGGUGAAGUCACAACUCCAGCUGGCCAACUUCAUGCUGUUUCUCAAGCGUGUAGCCUCUACAAAGACUAUAUUGAAACUUCUUUCUGCCAAACGCUGGGUUUCCAUGUUCCUUAAUCUUGCCCAACAGAAACAUGGAAUAAAUUCAGGCCAAGACAUGGUGUAUAGUCUGAGGACCAGGCUCAUCGCUGUCAACCUCCUGGAGUCAGUCCUCCUAUCAUGCGAGGAGUGCAAUGACAAUGAAGAUCACAAACAGAUUGUGGAGGACAUUUUCCACAGCCUUGCCCUUAAUAUGUGGGACAUCCCGCAGUGUAAGGCACUCCAACAUGCCAGACAGAGGAAGGAAAGUCUUCUACAGAAACUUACAGACUGCGAGAGAAAUCUUCUGGACCAGAGCCUUGAAGAGGACAAGACAACUCUACAGACAGCCAGUUUUGACAGUGAGAAAUGCCUUAACUGUACUGUAGAGAAUGCCCAAACGUUGGUGCACAGUGGAGCAGGCAAGGGGUAUGGUCUUGGUGUCACCCCUAUGACCUCAGGCUGUUACAAAUGGAAGGUGCUGAUAGUGAAGGAGUGUAAAAACAAUGAGGGUACAUGUGUGGGAGUGUCUCGCUGGCCUGUCAGUGACUACACUCACAGGAACUCCUCGGACAUGUGGCUUUACCGGGCCUACAGUGGCAAUCUUUACCACGGGGGCGAGGCCUCACAGACAUUACCACCGUUCACCCAGGGAGAUUACAUCACAGUUCUCCUUGACAUGGAUGCUCGCACGCUCUCUUUUGGGAAAAACGGAGAGGAUGUGAAGCUUGCAUUUGAGGACAUUGAGGCUUCAGAAUUGUAUCCCUGUGUUAUGUUCUAUAGUAAUAACCCCACAGAGAAGGUCAAAAUGACAGACAUGCAGCUUUGUGAGAGCACGAGGGACCUUUUACCUGGAGACCCCAUGUGUUCUCCUGAAUCAGUUGUCAUGGUAGAGGCCAAUCUGAAACUCUUGCGUUCUCUACACAGAGCAACAGCAUGGAAUAGUCAUAUCAACAGGAAAAUUCUCCAGCAGCUUAACAUGGUGACAGAACUCGAGAAACCGCCACCUGAUACUGAUGAUGCAGAAAGUGACAAAGAGAAAUCAGAGAGUGCAGAUUCAAACAAAGACUUUGAAGAAAAGAAGGAAGAUAAAACAGAUAAAGAAGAUGUCGAGAAUAAAAACAAAAAAUCUGGUGCAACAGCAACCCUUGAUUUGAAAGACAAGGACACACUGCAGUUGUUGUGCCACGAGGUUUGGCCAAGCCUCGUCCUUAUAGGUGGCCUUGACCCUGGACUGCGAGUGGGAGGUCGCUGCAUGCAUCAGACAACUUUCAAGACAGGGACAUUGAUGGGCGUAGCUAGGGAUGGAGCAAAUGCAGGCAAGGUCCAGUGGGAUGAUGGCGACUCUUCCUCAAGUGAUGCCCUACUCUCAAAGUUAGAACCAAAGGAGCCACUUCCAUUUGAUGCUGACCAUCUCAUAGGGAUGACCACUAGCCAUUUGGAAGCUUUGGUCAAACUUUCCUCACUAAUGGAUGAGAAACCAUCAUCUUUACAAGAACCAAAGCAAUCCCCUUCAGAAGUACCCACCAAUAAAGAGGAAGCUGUUGGUUUAAAAGUUCAGAAACUAAAACAAAGUGUUCUUGAUGAAACCAAUGCUUUAAUGAGAAAACUUGAUGAGGAUAUUGCACGAGUGUUGGAAAUGGAGAUGCAGCAGUUGGCCGAGAUGGACCACAAUGCUGACAAACGAAAGGCGCCAUUGGUAACUGCUGAAACCUUUGACGAUUCCUCAGCAAGUAAUUGUACUGCCUCACCACAGGUAUUAUCGCCCCGUGAUGAUAUUCUACCAGAGACCAGAGAGACACAAGACACAGAAGGAGAUAUGGAAGCAGACAUUUCUAUCCCAGACUCCUUGCCGUUGAAAAUUUCCCAAGGUUCUUGUCCAUCUUCAGCUUCAGAAAAGCUCCAAACUGAAAGGCCUCUGAGAAAUGAAUUCCAGAAAACUCCUCCUGCUACUGAAGCAUCUUUGCCUGAUGAACUCCACACAAUUAAAACAUCUUACAUACAAGUCACAGCUCUUAAAGCCCUGCAUACUAUACUACUAAAUAACAAGUUUAUAGAAAUGCUUCUCGUGCCCAAGUCAGACCUGCUGUCGGAGAGGAAUAAGGCUCUGGUUGAUGGGACUGUAAUUCGCAGGGAUGAAGAUUUCAAGGUGACCUUGAGGUCAUUCAUGAAGAGGAUGGUUCAGUUAGCUCUGAGUCAGUCAGGGCUUUUGCGGGUAUUUUCUGUGUUAGAACUAGAACGAGCACAUGCGAUUCUCUACAAGAUAAUCACCACAUCCAAAGCAGAGGAGAUUACCUGUAUUUCAGAAGUCAAAGAAAAGUAUGAAACAAUGACAAGAGAAAGAGAAAAAAAUUCGAAUAUCAAGAAAAAACCUCAGGAGUCAUGUGAUAUGAUUUGUACAAACCAGCCUCCAUCAUCAACCCAGUUACCAAACGUAACACCUGAAGAACCAUCCAAUCAGGAAGAAGACCAGGAAAACUUUCAGCAGACAUCCAUACUUCAAUAUGUUAGACGAGGAUCUGAUGGACCCCACAGUUCAUUCUCACGUCACCUGUUCAGUCGUCGAGCUCGAAGGGAACGCUCCCAGUCCACCACUGCAUCGCGGUACUCACUAGUGCGUGUUCCCCCUGCUGCUCCACCCCUGCGGCCAUCUCCUCCCCCUCCCCAGAGGAAGCCUCCCCACCUACCGAUCAGGACAAGGUCGCCGUCUCCUCCGCCUCCUCCCAUUGCUCUGUCACUACUGGAGAUGGGCUUUACUCUUAGUGCUAUCAAGAGAGCACUGACAGAAACAUGUGUAAACAGAAAUGAAGUGUCUGCCCAUGGGAUUAACACCCUAGCCACAUGGAUGUUGGAACAUCCACUUGACGUCCAGGAGCCUGAGGAACCAGCCACAAAAGUGGCUCGAGACUCCAUAUCGGGACAGGAGACAGCCAGUAAUAUCAUCAGUGACUCACAGCCAUUAGAAGAGGAAAUCAGAGACCCCUACAGUAUGUUGCUGUCCAGGCGUAUAUCUUUAGAGGGCUUAUUGAACGAAUCUAGUGACGACUCUACGGAGGAGCCAGAUACUCGCCGCUCUCGAUAUAUCAGAAGUCCACGACCAAUCUCACGGACACGUCAUGUAGAUAUCAGAAGCUUUCUGUCCAAUGCAGCUAAUGAUCGUGAAUUAGAGCGUUCAGAAUCUUUACAAAUUGGAAACGAGGGAAGCAGAACCUCAGAUUUGUACGAGAGAAUGUCGGAGAACCACGGACUGAGUGACACGUUUGAUGCCCUCUGUAGUGACAUUAGUAAUAUGACCGAUGACCUGUAUAAUCUGGACAAUAUCGAUGACCUCUUCCCAACACAGUCUGAGUCUACCUGGGAUCUCAUGAAUGCAAUAAGAAUGGAGUUUGAAGCCGACCCUACAGUGGUGUGUGAACUGUGUCAGCAGGAGACCGACAACUUUCAAGGACACUUACAGCUGGACCACCCUGGCUGUGGGAGGAUUUCGUGUAACAAUGUAUACAGUAAUAAUGGAGUAUAUGGCAUGUGUCCUUGGCCUGUGGUGUGUGGUACUGGCUAUCCCAGCUAUGCCCUGUGUAGGGGCUGUCGGGACAGACAUCGGGAGCUUCAUGGCCACCGAGGGAGUAAUCCUGACCAGGACAGGGCAGACGAGCACGAAGAAAGUCUAGGCAGCUCCACUCAGAGAGCACCUGAUCUCCUGAAUACUGUUGACUACACAACCUUGGAACAAGAGCUACAGAUGGGAUGUCGAGGUGGGACCCUUAUAGAUGAGACGGACAACCUCCUCCCUAAGCUUGGCAUCACGGACUGGAAACCAUGCCCAGACCCCCUCAAAUUCACGGAGAUGGAUCCCCUAGGAUCCAAGCUGGUUCAGGCUGCAGCCAACACUGGUGCCUCUGUGUGGAGCCUGCCUCGGGCAUCUCGUCCCGACAGUAAAUACCGCACCUUAGGGGAGCAGGCUACUAACCUAAAGACCCCCCGUGACCGACACAUCGCUCUCCAGAGGAUAACCUCAACCAUGCAAGUGAUGCUGGCACGCAGUAUUGUGAUGAAAGCUUUGUCUGUCCUGGCUAGUAGUGACUCCUCCUGUAGUUUACCGGCAGCUCUGGAGUACAUCGGUCUGUCUGAUAUCAUGGUGAUUGUACAGCUGAUGUGUCUGUGUGCGUCGGGUAAAAUCAGUAGUCUUCAGUCAAACAGGACACAGGACAGCUUACAACACCUUACCAAAGCACUUGGCUCUCUGGUCCAAGACAAUCAAGUCUCCAUGAAACAGCUAGUCCGAUUGUGUACCCAGGAAUUGUUGUAUGCAUCGAUGGGGAAGUGUAGUGGACAUCGCAGCAGUGCUGGAGUGGUUCGCAUGAAGAUCCCUGGGACGUCCAAACUCGCUCCAUUUGAACCAUCUAUGUUCACAGUCACACAGUCUCUUGUGUCACUCCUCACAAGGAAUGGUUGGAAUCGUAAGAUGUCAGAGAUGUUCGCCACAGGGCACAAAUUCCCUGGACAAGCUGAUGACCAUGUAGAUUCCUCUGCCCACCCAGACAGCCCCAGGGUAGUGCCCCCAACCCCAGAGGAUGAGGGUAUCCACCCUCUCCAACUGAUAAAUGCCCUGGCUGGGUGUGUCCUGUCUACCAAGGUACCCCCCUCACACAAAGAAUGGGCUGUCAAGCAGCUCCUCCAGUCUCUGUCCUCACAUGCUGACACCACAUCACGAUCUGUCAACCAAGUUGACCUUGGUGGUGACCUUCCCCACUGUCCCGUGUCAAAACUUGAAGGUCACCAGAACAGACUGGCUAUAUGUAAAUGGAGCCAGAAAAAGUCCAUGCUUGCUACAAGUGGCUAUGAUGGCACAUUACGUAUUUGGAGCCUGCCUAACAAGACACACCAGUUCCUACAACAAACAUGUGUAUUUAACCGCGGUGAAGAUCUGUCUGGGGAAGACUUGGAUGGUCACCUGUUAGGCAAUGUCUGCUGGAGUGCUAAUGGCCGCUUACUUGCAGGGUCAAUGGACAAUCUUGUUAAUGUCUGGGGAACUGGAGGCUCCAAGGGUAUCUUGGAUGUUCAGUGCCACUGGGUGUCGGCCCUGGCCUGGCCCACUCAUAGAAGUAUGGUUGGUGGUUGUCUUGGUAUGACCGUAGACAUCCUCCUUGUGGGCAGACUUGAUGGUUCCAUUGCUGCAAUCGAGAUUCUUGGGGGUUCAAGCUUCAAUCGCAAAGAACUGGAGCACUGCAGGCGUAAAUCAGUAGCUGUGACUAUGCUGGCAUGGUUUGAUGAAGACAGAAACUUUGCGGCAGCAUACAGUGAUGGAGUGGUCAUUAUUGCUAACCGCUCGGACUUUGAAACUCCAGUCACUGCAGAGGCUCACCAGAAUUCUAUCAGUGGUCUGUCCUGGGACCCCACUGGUCAUCUACUGCUGACCUGUGCAGAGAAGGACAACUGUCUGAAGGUUUGGCUGCCUGGACGGGAGGGAUUAUCCUUGCUCUACGUUUUACCUGACUCAGCUCCAGUCUGUUCAGCCCUGUGGUGCAGCAUUCCAGGCAAAGGGGAGACUAAACACCUGUUGUUGUCAAGUGGUAAUGAGGCCGGAGUGGUGUCAAUGUGGACAGUGCCACAGAUCCAGUCGACCAGUCAGACACAAAUCACACCCUUCGGUAUCAGAAGGGAGACAGUGUAUGAAAAUCAGGACAUGGAGUGUAUGGAGGAGGUGAGAACUCUUAAACCCGUGAGGAUUUUACAGGGACAUAUGACCUCUGUAACCUCCAUGACCUUCAGCCCUGAUGGACUUAUGCUGGCCUCAGGAUGUACGCGGGGAUGGGUCAACAUCUGGUGUCUUUCUGAUGGCUGUCUACUACAAACACACAUAGAGAAUGGAAUGGUCAAUGAUCUCUGCUGGUAUGCAGACUAUGGACUAGCUGUUUGUUUCAAUAGAAUUAAGGAUGUAGUGAUACUACACUAUACAGCUGAGCUCCAUCAGAAGUCACGAUGUGUUGCCAUGGCCAGAAAGAAGCUCAAACAGCAAGGCAUUGUGGGAUUGAACCAGGCUCCUUGCCUUCAGAGCCUUCUACAACAGCUGCCAACUAUGUUGCACGACCAAUAUCUGUAUGAAAAGCCAAUCGUGGUGUCUGGCCAGCAGCUAGUACACAGUUCCUACCUACAGUGUCUGGCUACCCUAGGGGUGGGGCUGUCUAUAGAGUAUGUACUGUGUCACAAUCAGACACUGUUACAUCACCAGCACACUUCAGAAGACCAAGAUCUACUGGUACCAGAGUGGCAAUGGCUUCUCUCCUUCUCUGCAGCCAUUAAGUCAGCUGAUGCACUUAAUCGACGAGCACCGUUUCCAGACUCCUUCAAAAUCCUCAAUAAGGACACCAGAAACGGAGGAUCAGUUCCUAUGGACAACGGUUGCUGGGACAUAAGUAUGGACACUCAGAUCUUGUUGUGGGCAUUACAGCGCCCUGAGGACUGGCAGCUCGGGGGCAAGUGUGAGGUAUUCCUUUGGGGCAGUGGGCGCCACGGCCAGAUCUGUGAGGGCGGUAGAGCCUCCUUUGUUCCCUCCAAGGUGUCCUCAUUCUCAUGUGCACAGAAGGUGGAAUGUGGACAGAACUGCACAUUUGUGAUCCAGAAUAAUGGUACAGUGCUGGCCUGUGGGGAGGGAAGUUAUGGUCGUCUGGGGCAGGGUAACUCGGAUGAUCAUCAUGCCCUUACCGCCAUCUCCUCACUUCAGGGGUUUGUAGUGAUACAGUUAGCCACCUCUGUGGGGUCAGAUGGUCACAGCCUCGCUCUAACGGAGAGUGGAGAGGUAUUUAGCUGGGGCGAUGGUGACUAUGGCAAAUUAGGACAUGGAAACAGUGACAGACAGCGGCGUCCACGACAGAUAGAGGCACUACAGAGGGAGGAGAUAGUACAGCUUUCCUGUGGGUUUAAACACAGUGCUGUAGUGUCAGCCGAUGGGAAAUUGUUUUGUUUUGGAAAUGGAGAGUAUGGACGGCUGGGACUAGGCAAUAUCGUCAACAAGAAGAUUCCACACCGAGUCACAGCACUAGAUGGUUACCAGAUUGGAUAUGUAGCAUGUGGGUUAAAUCAUACCCUUUGUGUGUCUGUGGAUGGGACAAAUGUCUGGGUCUUUGGUGACGGAGAUUAUGGCAAGCUUGGCCUGGGGAACACCACCGGUAAACAUCUCCCUACCAAGAUAGAGGCACUCCAGGGUCAGACCAUUAAAAAAGUGGCGUGUGGAGCCCAGUUCUCUGUGGCUCUCUCCAAAGAUGGACGUGUGUUUACCUGGGGACAAGAUCGCCUGAUUGGUCAGCCAGAGUUCAGAGCCCGUGGUCACAUGAAGCCUCAAGAGGUGACAGCCUUGUCGGGAUAUUAUGUAGAGGACGUAGUGUGUGGAGCUGAACACACUCUGGCGUUAACUUGUACUGGAGAUGUGUGGGCCUGGGGUAACAACAGUGAGGGCCAACUAGGGAUAGGUCAUACCAACACACCUGUCCGCGAACCACAACUGGUACCCUGUCUCACGGGCAAAAACGUCAAACAGAUAUCAGCUGGUAGGACACACAGUGCCUCGUGGACAGCCCAGCCUCCUCCCCAGAGGAAACCAGGUGUGCCCCUCCCACUACAGCUAGGCAUCCCAGAGUGUGUGCCACCUCAGUACACAGCCUUGACUGGAGUCAGCCUGGAGGACAUACAGGGGAGAUUCAAGCUCCUCCAUCACUUCUCUGACCUUAUAUACUCCUCCUGGCGACUACUUCCACUUACUUGUACACAGUCUGCCCUUACUCGCUAUGAGGCUGGAAUGAUUGGAAUCAUUGAUGGAAGAUUGCGCCCACUCCUGUCUCCCAGGGUCUACACACUGCCCCUUGUCAGGGCCAUAGGCAAGACCAUGGUACAAGGCAAAAACUACGGCCCACAGAUCACAGUCAAACGCCUGUCUACCAGGGGUAAGAAAUGUAAGCCGGUGUUCUCCCAGAUUGCCCAGCAGGUUGUCAAACUGAAGGCAGAAGACUUAAGACUACCUGCUCGGGCCUGGAAGGUAAAACUGAUAGGAGAAGGAGCAGAUGAUGCUGGAGGUGUUUUUGACGAUACCAUUACAGAGAUGUGUCAAGAGUUAGAGAUGGGAGUAGUCCCGGUAUUAAUAACAACUCCAAAUGCUCAGAACGACUCUGGAAACAAUAGAGAUAGGUUGUUGUUGAACCCGUCACUGACUUCGGAGGAGGACCUGGCACUGUUUAAGUUCCUUGGUAUCCUGUUUGGAGUGGCUAUCAGGACAAAAAAGCCCCUGGACCUGCACUUGGCACCAUGUGUCUGGAAGUUAUUAGUCGGCAUUCCACUGAAACAUGAGGACCUGGAGGAGGUAGACCAUCUAUAUAUACAGAGCCUGAUUGGUAUAUCUGACAUACAGAAGAGUGGAGUCAAUGAGACAAACUUCCAUGAGUUCAUUCCACUGGACAGUUUUCUGGGACAGAGUUCAGAUGGUCGUCUAAUUCCAGUGAUCCCAGGUGGGAGUACAAUUCGUCUCCACUUUCACAACAGACGAGACUAUGUUGAGGCCGUCCUUAACUACCGACUCCACGAGAUGGAUCAACAGGCAGCAGCAGUGAGGGAGGGCAUGGCGUGGAUCGUACCUGUGCCCUUGCUGACAUUGCUCUCCCCACGGGCCCUGGAAACGAUGGUUUGUGGAAUGGAGGACAUGAAUGUGGACAUCCUCCGUAAAGUCGUCAGAUACCGAGGUAUAGACGAAAAGAGUGAAGUGGUACGCUGGUUAUGGGAAGUGCUGGAGUCUUUCAGCAAUGAUGAACGGAUCCAAUUCCUGCGUUUUGUGUCAGGGAGGACACGAUUGCCAGCAAAUCCCUCAGAUAUAUCACAGCGAUUCCAGAUCAUGAACUCUGAUAGGGGAGUGGAUUGUCUGCCUACAUCACAGACAUGUUUCUUCCAACUUCGCCUUCCAUCUUAUCCUAGUCGUGAGGUUCUAAGUGAAAAGUUACGAUAUGCCAUAUACAAUUGCCGGUCAAUUGAUAUGGACAACUAUAUGCUAGCAAGAAAUGUGGAGAAUGAUGUGCCAUCUGACGAUGAAGGAAUGGAAUACAUGUAAAAAUGUAGACAAGUGCAGAUAGAUACAGCAAUUGUCUCCAUAGAAAAGACAGAAAAAUAUAUAAAAAUGGUGUUUUUGUGUACAUGGAUGUAUGUGUGAAUUUUCUGAAACAGCUUGGCAUGUGUUCAAGAAUGGAUUCUACUCUAAAGUUUCCUAAAACCAAAACCAGGAUUAGUGAACUGAUAACUGUCUACCGCAUCAUCCUGAAACUUUGCCAAAGCAUUGAUAAAAAUGUGAGAUUGCAUCUUGAAACUUGUCAGAGAGGUUUUACACAAACAGUGUUUAAAAUCUUAUUGACAUUUCUAGCAUAAUAUACAAAAUAGAUGUAAAUAUAGAUGUUUCACAAUGAUUUCUGGUGAUUGUGAGUGUUGGGCCCUACAAAACCAUUAAAUUGGUGUCAAAUCUAUGUAGGGUUGGUAUGUUGUACCUAGAAAUCCAUUAGAUAGGGGUCAAAUCCAUGUAGGGUUGGCGUGUUGACUCUAGAAAACCAGUAGGGGUCAAAUACAUGUAGGGUUGCACGAUAUGUACAUUGUAAUGUACAAUAUUUGACUGUCACAUUUGUGUAACCAUAGUUUGCUGUGUAUAUUUUGCUAAGCUAAGUUAUUUCUGUAUACAUGUGCUAAUUUAUGAUAUUCUUUUAUAACGAACUGUGAUAUUGCCAAGGUAUGAUAGGAAUCUGUUUCACGUGUCAUAUACACUUGUAUAUAUAUGUUUUAAAUGCAUGUGUAAAUCCAGUAUAAAGUAGAAUUUGGAUCAAGUCAAUGCCGAUUUGUAUCCAACUUAUUUAAAUUUGAUAGAAAUGAAAAAGGCAAAGAUAAUAGGUUCAAAACGAUCUCUAAACUCUGUAUUGAAUUAAUUCAUGUCUAGAAAGUCCCUCUCCACCAGUUGUAAGGGCAAGGCAAUGAGAAAUGUCUUUCAUUUUUAUUCUGCACAUGGGCAGACCUCCUAUACCAUAAGUUUUGUUUCAUUUGCUCCUUGCAUAUUUUGCUGGCUACUGUGAAAUUGGAAGUUUGCGGUUGAGGUCAACACAUUGUUAUUCCAGUUAUACCAAAGAUUAAUAACACAUGUACACUUCAAAUACUGUAUACAGUUUAGAUGGUAAAAUUCAUCGACAAAUACUGUAUAGUUCGUCAAAUUCAUGGAGAAUUAAAUUUCACUAUAUUCGUGUUCAUUAAAUGCAGCACAGAAAUAAAUGUCCAGACAAUAUUCAUACAAACAAAUGUAUAUUAGUGUUAACUACAGAAUGUUAUCAGGGUCUGGUUGUGUGAAAUUAAAUACCUCCAAUUAGCUAUAGGUCCAACUGGAACGACCACAAAUGAUUAGCCCCAUGGAUUUUAGUAUCUAAACAGUGUAUAGCUUUCACUGGAGUAUCCCGAUAUAUUUUGAUUUUUCUCACGCUUGAUAUCAUCAGAUGUGGACACAUUCUUAUGAAGAUAUUUAUAGGGCUCAGACCUUACAUCAAACAUGUAAAUGACCCCAUAUAUACCUAUUGGACUUUAUAACUUGUCUUACCUUCAAUGAUAAGAAGGCUAUGUCCAGUGACUAAAACUUUUGUUCAAGGAAUGUUGAGUAUAGGAGAUUGAAACAAAAAUGUAGAUCAUUGGUAACAUACUAAACGUUUCUGUAUACCGUCAUGUGUCUACCAAAUAAAAUAUUGUCAAUGAAUCAA